AAGGUCUCCUCGAUCACCGCCAAGAAUCGACUCAUUCAGAAGCGACAGGAGGUCACCCCGCAGAGACAGACCAAGAUCACCUCCUACAAUCGCAACCGAUACCUGGCACCCAGGAGUCCGGGAUCGAUCUCAGCGUCGUCGAUCCAGAACUCCUCCCCGAAGAGAACGCGAACGCUCACCGUUCAGAGACAACUGGCGGUCCAGAGCGAGAUCACCACCACGCGUAAGAAGCCCGAGAAGAUUUUCUCCAAGAAGAGACGAAGAUCGUAGAGCCAGAUCACCACUCAGGUUCGUUUUCAAAGCAGUAUUGAUCCGUUGCCCCUCUACUAAUACUAUGCAGAAGAAGAUCGAGGUCGCCAUAUGAACGUGAACGCAAUACUCGUGCACGAUCGCCCCUUCCCAGAAGAUCCCCACCAGCAGGUAAGCUUCGCAUUCACUUCUCUCUUUACAUUUGUCACUAUUCCCUCCAAAACCAUACCAAAACAUAUCUUCGACGUCUUUAUGAUUCGUUUACUCACUCAUUUAGGACCUCGAGGUUCUCGUGCUCGCUCCAAGAGCCUAGACCGUAGAGAUGACCGCGCACCCACUGGUCCAAGUUCAUCAAAUUGGAGAGCUCGAUCUCCUUCACCUAUGGCUCGCGACUCCGAACGCUCUUCUGGUCGAACUUCUGGAAAUACUUCUCGCCGUUCAUCACCACCAAUUCAUCCUGAUCGCAUGCACCUAACACAAUCUACUGCCCGUGAACCAAGAGCUCGAUCGCCGCCCACACGAGAACGCUCACCUGUUACGCAACUUGCCUUUCGAGAACGAGAAAGAGAACGCGAACGAGACUCUGCUAGAUCCACACCCCGAGAACAUUCGCCUGUACGUGAACCAGUACCACGAUCUCCACCUCGAGGACCAGCUGGCUUUCGAGCGCCUAGUGGACCACCCACAGGACCAAGCAGUAGUCGAAAUUUCACAUCAUCUGCACCUCGUAUUCCUUCUGGCCCCUCGACCCCUGCAGCACAUUUUCGGUCCGAAAAUGCCGGCCCUGUUGUACCACCUGCGGGACCACGUGGUUAUGUUCCACCAAUACGUGGCACCUAUGGCAUCAGAGGUGGUAGAGGUUCGUUUGGCCAUGAUCGAGCAACUCGUCCUGAUGCAUCAGCAUGGGGAGCAGCUCCAUCUCGCCCUGCAGCGCACGAACCUACCAUCAAACCCUCUGCACCAGUCAGUCGGCCAAACCCCACCCCAGCAUCUCCUUCCCUCUCAACCGCUUCUUCCCCAACUAUUCCCACUGGCCUGUCUGCCGGCAUUCCCACUGGUCCCCGAGCCGGUGUUCCUUCUCGCCCAGCAUUGCAGCAUUCAUCAAGUGUUUAUGGUCGCGGCAAUCAAACCAAUGUCAACUCCGGACCUCGACCACAUCCAGCCAUGGUAGGCAUCCCGCACAUCGUCCCCAACGGCAGAAUCGACCCCACAGCAUCGGGUAUCCCCAAUGAAAUCUCAACAAGACUCAAGAAACUCGAGGAAGAAGAGCAAGUAUUACGAGAACGUUAUUACGCUAAGCAGGAAACACUGAAGCAAGGAUUAAAAGGCUGGGAUAAAUUAAGCAGAGAAGCUUCCGGCAUGGCAUUACGCACCGAACUCAGCGAGAGACACGUACGAAUGCUUGCUGGUGAGGGUGUUGGAGGGGCUGCUUUCUAAUCGUGUAUUGUGUAUGAUUACAUUUCCUUUCUUUCAUGACAGUCAAACAGAAAAAUAGCAAGUGAGCGGAGGCGUUGGGAAAACAAUGCAGUUGUUGUCAAAAGCAUUGUACAUGUAGUAAUAAUGAAAAUGGAGAUACCAUGAUUGUGUUUUCUUAGGCUUCUGAAGUGUGCUUUGACAAAAUGGACAUU